UAUCAGGAUUAGCAGAGUGCCCUGAUAAGUCUCGUAAUUCAUAAUUCAAGUUGCUAUACAUUUUAUUAAGUUUAAUGUAUUUUUACUCAAAGAAGUUGCGAAAAUUUCUGAGAGUUUUACCUGGUAAGAAGUAUCUGGGCGAGUAUCGCUUCUUGCCCAUAUUUUUCAUCGGCGGAGCAGUGAUCGAGUUUCUGAUGAUAAACUGGCAUGUAGGCGAAGUAAAUUUUUAUAAGGUCUACAAAAAACGUAAGGUCGAGGAACUUGUUAAGCAGUGUGAACGUGAGGAGUUGCUCAAAUUACAGAUUAAAAAAACGUAGC